UGUGUUUUCUCAUCGAUGCAGAGAUUUGGGUUGAGGGAGCGCCCCCACUUUGGAGGAACACCUGUUUCAGCCUGCCCUCCAGAUGGAAACACGUUGUGUAAGUCAGGAAGCAUUGCUGUCUUCGGGAACGUGGUAUACAGCGGACUGCUGAACGAUCACCUCUGGCAUUUGGGAGUGCCCCUCUUUACAAGACUGGGUAACCAAGAGGCCACCAACCCCCCAGAAGCGAUGGCCCAGCCGUACACCCCAGCCCAGUACCCACCUCCCCCACAGAAUGGCAUCCCCGCAGAGUUUGCGGCACCGCACCCGCUUCCAACACAGGACUACAGCGGGCAGAGCCGGGUUCCCGAGCACGCCAUGACUCUCUACACGUCCACACAGACGCACAGCGAGCCGGUCGGCACUGACAACAGCACACCCACCAUCACCGCCACCACGACCGCACCGGUCAGUGUUCUUCAUCAUCUGCAAACACUGUUCUCAACACGCUGUCAGCAAACAGAUGAUGUGACGCAAACAGAGGGCUCUCAGCAGCUCCAGCUCCAGCACUCAGACUCUUCAGAGAAGCAGCAGCCCAAAAGGUUACAUGUCUCCAACAUUCCCUUCCGCUUCCGGGACCCUGACCUAAGGCAAAUGUUUGGGCAAUUUGGAAAGAUUUUAGAUGUGGAGAUUAUCUUUAAUGAGCGAGGAUCCAAGGGCUUUGGGUUUGUAACUUUUGAAACCAGCACAGAUGCUGAUCGUGCACGGGAGAAACUAAAUGGUACAAUCGUAGAGGGACGCAAAAUAGAGGUCAACAAUGCAACAGCACGAGUGAUGACAAACAAAAAAGUGGCCAACCCUUACACGAAUGGCUGGAAGCUGAAUCCAGUGGUGGGAGCUGUCUAUGGUCCUGAACUGUAUGCCGUAACAGGGUUUCCCUACCCUGCCACAGGUGCUACGGUGGCCUAUAGGGGUGCCCACUUGAGAGGUCGGGGGCGGGCUGUGUACAACACAUUUCGCACAGCUCCACCGCCACCACCAAUUCCAGCUUACGGAGCGGUGGUGUACCAAGAUGGCUUCUAUGGUGCAGAGAUCUAUGGUGGCUAUGCAGCAUACAGAUUUGCCCAGCCCACAACCACCGCUGCUUACAGUGACAGCUAUGGCAGAGUCUAUGCAACAGCAGACCCCUACCACCACACCAUUGGCCCUGCUGCCACAUACAGUGUGGGGACUAUGUAAAUACAAAAGGAAGAGCUGUACUCAGUAUUGAUGGACAUCACAGAUGAAAACAACGAAGAAAGGAGAACUAGCUUUAAGAAAAUAACACAAGAAGAAGAACAACGAGAAGGAGUCCCUCUACUGAGGCUGGCGGGGGAAGACGGGAGGCGUACAAAGUGGCGCCGCAGCAGCGGUGUCAAACCAGCCACAAACUUGACAGACAGAGUGAGCCAGUUUCCACCAGGGACCACCUUUUUGCCGGAUAGAAAAGACAGAGAGAAUGAAAAGUGUCCCGUUAUUAUAAAACAUUUUAUUUUUCUAUACUUUUGUGAUUUACAAUGGUAAAAAAGUGUGUAUAAAGCAGUAUAUAUGUACAAAUCUGUUUUUAUGUUUUUUGGUAAGGGAGAUGAACAGUUGGCCCUUGAUGCUGAUUCUGUGGUAUGCAGGAAGGAGGAGGGAGGAACCCCCCCUCUUCUCUCUGUGGCAAACUGCUCUGUCGCCGAGGUCGUGUAAAACAAAAACACAAACAGAAAGGUGGCAGGGAGAGCUCGGCAUCCAGGCAGAAGCACUUUCUACGCUUUACUUCCUGUGGGUGGAGUAGAAGGUCAGCCUCCUGGUCUCACUGCUCCACCUUCUUCCUUUCAGUCUCCUUGGCCUCCUUCCUUACUUCCUUUUUCGCGCUGGUGAUGUCGCUCCUUCCUCUGCGGUGUCACUGGCCAGCAGCGCCUACUGUUAGCAGCGUCCCCCGUGGAUACUGUCGUGAUGUCACUUUCUCUUGGCAGCACCAUUGGGCAUCCCCGCCCUCCCCAAUUGGCAGCGUCACUGGUUUACAACGUUGGGGAGUGGGGGGGUGAGCCACGGUGAGAGGGUAUAAAGCCGAGCCUCCCCGGUCUGCCCCUCUCCACGCCCCAGCAGAGGUCAAUGACUGAGGACUAGUUAAGAGAAAAUGGCGCAGAAGUCGCCGACUUUACUCACCUGCCAGACUCCAAGCCCAAGCCUUUGUGUCACUCUGCACCGACGGACAAACUAUCACACCAACAAUGACAAGGUGCGUACAACUACCAAGGAUGCACGUUUCCACCUGACGAGAAUAACUCAUCAACGUCCAUGUAACAAAUUGAAUUAUAAUCGAAUAAUCCCAUUGUACUACAUCAGCAGGUGCAUAACCAAAACACAAGCCUGAGGCAUAUAGACUGUCGCUAGAUAAAAACAUUAUAGAAAUACAGUAGUGCCCAUCCAACGGUAACAAGGAACGAGGGCUGAAAUAUGUCAAUUUUUUGUCAAUGUAUUCUGAGAAUAUUUGUGUGUUUUUUUUGUUUUGUUUUUGCAGCACUGAAAACUUUUAAAGUAGAAAAAAAGUUUAAAUUUGGUGAAAGCGAAACCUUAAUUCUUUAUAUCAGAAGAGUCACUGUAAACGUGUUUAAACAAGAAUGUUGGUUCAGUUCUUUGAAUGUACAUUAAUGUCUAGGGUGUCCAAUAAGUAUGUAUUCUUUUUCUGUAUAUAAAUAUAUAUACAUAUCUAUUAUAUGGGCUGUGGUGAUGUCAGGGAGUAGAGGGGGUGGGCAGGAAAGCCUCUGGCCCCGAACAUAGAUAUCAGACCCCCUCCAACUAAAUAUGUCCCUGAUAUUUACUGUAACAAGUGAUCAUGUGUUAUGAUUGAAAGUGUGAUGGUGAUAGUGUGAAAUGAUCUCCCCUGAAACAACCCCCACCCCCACCCCUUACCACACAAACACACACUCUGUGCUGAUGCUCAUAGAUUGGCAACACAUGCAGAUUUACAAACAAUGCUACAUUUUUGCCCCAUCGAAUGCAAAACAUCACAUCCUACUUUUACCCAGCAGACACAAAGAUCUGCAGUAAUUCCAGACCUUUAUUGGAGCUGGGAAGACUAGCUAAUUAGCGCAAGGUGUUGUGGGUGUCAGAUUAAAAAAAAAAGUUUAUGAAUAUUGAUUUUUCUUUCCUUACUUGAACCAAAGUAUGAUUUGAACACAGUCUCAGUGCUCUUUGAUCUGAAGACAGUGAGACUCUGUGAUGACAGCGGAGCUCGGAUGUGUAUUGACGUGACCCAGAUUUCAUUCGCUCAUCACUACUGAGGAAGAGCUUCGCUCUUCUGCUUAUAUGAAAGGAGCCCCGCUGAUCAAGCCCAGCUCGCAGCUUCCUGCAGCAGCCUCAGUUUAUGAACUGCCGUUCUCACGCUGACCCUGGUGGGCAGGCGGCUUUAUUGCGUAUUGGAAAUAACCUGCUGGCUCUGAAAAGAAAGUUGUUUUUAUCAGAGGCGAGCAGGUUCGGGUGAAGCACAACUUUGUUUGAGAGUUCAGGGUACACUACUUAGUCUGUAGUGGUUUUGUGUAAAUUGCUAGAAGGUUAAGCUCCUUACUUCCUGUACAAAACUACAUCCUGUACUAAUAUCCUGUACAGUAAAUCUCACUUCUUUAUUAAUUUCAUCUUAUUUCAGGUUCAAAAAAAAGAAGAAAAAAACACUCGUUCUGAAUCAGGGCUCCUACCCACACGACCUCUGUUCAUCCGUAGACAGCUUCUCAAAUAUUACAAAGAGUAUCUAUAUCAUGGCAACUAACUGUUGUGAAGUCGGUCAUUUGUUCUCCCAUGCAGGCUUAGCAUUUAUAUACAUGUAGGUUUGUUUCUGAGACUCACAUGAUUCAUCUGGCCUACUUACAGCGCUACAGACUUGUGGUGGGUCAGGAACAACUCAGGAGCAGGUUGGAGCUUUACUUUGACAGGGACUUCAUGGGACGCUAAAGUCUGCUUAAAUCUGUAGUUAACUGGCAGAGAUGAAGAACCAUGGGCUCAUUAUCAUUUAGGUUUGAUCCACUGAAUGAUCUAUGCACUCUGCAACAAAAACAGAUAUGAUGUCAUGUGAAGACACCACUGUUAUCUACUUAUUCUAGUUAGCAAGUAGUUCAUAAAAUCUUAGGGGUGUGGCUGGCGCUAUUCUAUAUUUUUCUUGCAAACAAAUCCUGUAAAAACAACAAAACCAACAAUGUGUCUUGAUAUUUUGAUUUCCUGUCUCUGGCUCACAGCUACAAGCCCAUUGGUUCCCACUGAAGAUGUACAUUUCUUAAAAUGGCUCACAAGAGACCAAUACUUGGUCAGGAAGAAAGGCAUAAAUAGUAAUGUUGUCGCUGUUCACUUUUUAUUGUAUUUUUAUUCCUUUUCAUUUAUUAUCUGUUUUUUAUUAAACCUCUGUAAUUAUAACCCAAAAAGGAAACACUAAAGAUAAAGUAAAAUUGUUUUAUUUGAGAAAAUAUAUAAUAUUUCCUGAGAUAUGUGUCGAGAACUCUUACUAAGCAAGAGCCAAUGGACGAGAAAGCAUCUUGCUUACUUUAAAAUUCUAUAGUGUUUUUGUGGUUUUGGUACGAGCUGUGGGGGGGGGGGGGGGGAUAUGCUGUGUAGCCACAUUAAAGCUGCAGUAGUAAGAAUUUGUUUUGGGCACUUGGGGACAGGAGAAGUCAAAAACUACAAAACAAGAGAGUCAGCUCCUGUUCUCUUCGCUUUCAUUGCAUUACUGUAUAAAACAAAGAUUCCAUUUUGUUAGCAUUUUACAACCUCAGCUCCCAUAAGGCUUUGAUAGUGCUUCUCUGGCUAAGCCUCAUGGGAGCUGUAGUUGAAUACUGACAGAAUAAUCACUUAAAAACACACCUGAGAUUUUAUUGCCUUCAAACUUUCUGUGGGUUUAAGAAAAUGUGUAACCUGUUCAAAUAUUUUAAACCAUUGUCGAUAUAAAAAUAUAUAUAUAUAUAUAUAUAUAUAUUUAUUGGUGGAAUAUUGAUGUAUCUAAUCAAACUAUUUAGACUUGCUGGUCUUCCAUGUUAGUAGCAGUACUUACAUCAGUGGUUAGGUUUUAUUUUUAAUUGCUUUUGUACUUCUUUAUUUUUAACUGGCACUCUAAACUGUGGCAGUUCCUCUCUGCUCGUUGACACAUUUUUUUAAUUUAACUAGUGAGUUUAUUUCUGUGCUCAGAGAAGUCUCUUCUAUGUUAGUCUGUGUAAAGCUCCAGCCUGCACCUCGGCAGGGGGCGGGGUUAGAGCGACCCUCCCUUCCUUCCAUCAGAUGCCUUCAGUAUUACGACCUGGUCCUGAUCUUCCUGAGCACAACUGCUUGAGCUGUGACACUAGCAGGAUGUCCCCUCUGAGAGUCGUCCAACCCCCCCCCCCCACCGACCCUGACCCACCUGACACCUUCCCCCCACCAUCCCUAGUCUUCUAGUAUGUGAGUGGACUGGCCCCUUUUGUAUUCCUGGUGUUCUGUACAUAAUAGCCUUCACCCCUUCUUACCCCUCCCCUCCUCCCCCAGCUGUCCUUUCAGGGGGAAAAAGAAAAA